CACAUGCGCCUUUACCCGCUGCCUAUCUUGACUCGAAACGUACUGCCUAUCGUCAUGAGAACUGCAGGGUCUCACUCGAUCAACUGAAUAGCCAGCUCGAACUCCCCUCGAUCUCCUCUGUCUACCUCUCAUCGCAGGAGUAUCUCCUGGCUUGCGAAAGUCGAGGAAGAGCCCCUACCGCCUGCUGCGAUGGCAGAUCCUAUAACGGCUAUGGAGAAGUCCGGGUCACAGUCAGACCUGGUACAUGCGACCUCAGAUGUUCCCAAAGGGUCGAUUUUAGAUGAUGGCUUGAGCGGCAACACGGCACCGCUACUCCCGUCACCAGAGAUUGAGCCCAAAUCGCCAGCACUUCUAUCCCGAACGACAUCUUUCUCAGGGAUCAGCUCCUACCAAGAUGAUGUUGAGAAUACAGUGUUUCCCCCGUUGGAACGCUUAACAGUCUUUGAUUUCUUGGAGAAUUUGGCGCUGCCUUCGCGUCUUGAGAACCUACAAACGUCAGUAUCAAAUAGAGCCGAGAAAGUUCGAAGAGUGCCGCUGCAAAGACUUAAGUCCACGGGUCUGAUAGCAAAAGAUCGAAUCGUAGAUGAAUGGAGGCGUCGUGUUCCGCCACCAGAAGAACAGCUGAGCAAAUACAGGAAACGCGUUGGGCAGUCAGUAGAGCGUCUAAGCAAAAGAUGGAGUGACUCCAAGGCCGUGACCUGGCGCGAAAAGAUAUCAUUCAUCAGUGGUGUACUAAACGUUUUCAUCAGUGGCUAUCUUGUCGGUGCGCUUCCUGAAUGGUUCCACCUCUGGUACUCUGCGCAGAUUCUCUACUUCAUGCCUAUCCGGUACUACACGUACCACAAACGCGGUUACCACUACUUCCUCGUCGAUCUCUGCUAUUUCGUCAACCUACUGCUGAUGCUGAGUAUCUGGGUAUUCCCGAAUUCAAAACGACUCUUCAUUAGCACGUAUUGUCUGGCAUACGGAAACAAUGCGGUCGCAAUCGCAAUGUGGCGCAACUCUUUAGUCUUCCACUCCUUAGACAAGGUAACAAGCCUGUUCAUCCAUAUCAUGCCUCCCGUCGCGCUUCACUGCAUAGUGCACCUGAUACCUAAAGAGCUGCAGCGUACUCGUUUUCCAGCCGUUCACACUAUCCUGUACUCGUCGCCCAAGUCCCCAGAGCAUUAUACUCUAUAUCAGAUGAUGCUUUGGGCGACGCUUCCGUACGCAGUGUGGCAGCUAUCCUACCAUUUCUUCAUCACCGUCAGACGCCGGGAGAAGAUCCAAGCUGGCCGACCAACGUCGUUCACUUGGCUUCGGAAGUCUUAUGCACCAACGAUGAUCGGCAAGUUUGUCUUGAGUCUCCCAGAGUUCCUACAAGAGCCGGCGUUCAUGUGUAUUCAAUAUUCGUACGCACUGCUUACUAUGGUUCCCGCUCCCCUCUGGUUCUGGAAUCGCUGGGCCAGCGCAACCUUCCUGUUUGUCGUCUUCGUCUGGAGUAUAUAUAAUGGGGCGAACUACUACAUUGACGUUUUCGGUACCAGAUUUCAACGCGAGCUAGAGCAAUUAAAGAAGGAUGUCGCCAAAUGGCAAGCCAGUCCCGAGAUCAAAACACCAUUGAUGACGCCGAAGGCCGAUGACGACGAGAAUAAGAGUCAAUUGGGAAUAGCAGAGAGCCAACGAUUUGUGAGCGCAGAAGACGGUCUUGGCGACACUGGAGCCUCUGUCACUGGUGGCAAGCCCGCUAUCCACAAGAGGGUCUCAUCAGUCGACCAAAUUCCAUUAUUAGAUGAAAAGAGCAGCAACGGAAGGCUUGCCGAGAGCCAUGAAUGAUACCCAAUUGUGGGUGCUACGAUCCCCUGCCUUGUCCACAUUGCAUCUUCGUUGUGGGCCUGAAUUCUACCUCAUGGCUCACGCCCGCGCUCUCAAAUCGAUCUAUAGACUGACAAUUCGGCUGUCCAGGCCCGGAGAAAUUGUUCGGCAUUUUCGUUGGGCCACGAAGCAUAUCAUGCAUUCAUAUUGAACAGAUAUGAUAAGACGUUUCGUCUCUGUCUUUACUGUGCAUAGGGUAUUUAGCCCUUCUAGCGGCUCAUAUCUACCUUCUGGUCAAUCACUGGGCUGAAGUGGUGGUGUCAAUGAUUUUUCUGUUCAUCACGUAGAUAAUAUACCCAUUGUCGUUCAAUACGUCGCAAUUCUAUAGUAUGAGUUAACGGAGGCAUACAGACAGCAAAUUCAAUGCCCCUCC